GAACCGCAAAGUUGCUUCCAUUACACUCUCUUCCGCCUGCCAACUCCACAAGUAGACUCGUUAGACUGUCAAGCCUCUAUAUUCACAGCAAAUUUUGCUCUAGAUCCAUUCAAAGUUAGAGCGGUAUAGUUUUCGCAGGUCGCCUCUAUAUUCUAAUCACUCUGUGCCAGCAUGGCUCUUCGUGCUUCUGUUGUUCGCCUGGCGGAGUCUGUCACAGCUAGGCCUUUGAACUUGCAACAAGCAAGUGCUGCUCUUCUUCCUCCAAUUCCUCUUUACCGCAAUAUUCUCCGUGCGCACCGCUACCUACCGAGUGACAUGCGCUCACUAGGUGAUGUCUAUGUGAAAGCUGAGUUCCGUAGACAUCAAAAGAUUGACAAUCCAUUACACAUUAUUGGAUUCUUGUCACAAUGGAAGCUGUACCUGGAUGAACUUCCUGCGGGGCCGGAAGGUCAACAUUUCAAAGGAAAGAAACUGGACCCCACGUUGAUCGAAAAGAUGUCACCGGAACAAGUGGGGCAAUUGUACGAAGUCAUGCAGGCCACCAAGGGCGUUUGGCGACCGCCUUCCGACGGAAAUUCUGACUCAGAUUCAUAACGCUAUACUUAGGCUUGCCGCUCUCAGUCACUAGUACCUUUUCAUCUAAUACGCUUAGGAUUUUUUCAAGUACGAUAGGUUUACUUAAAUAACAUUCCUGUUGCGUGGUAGACCUGCCCGAAACCUUCCGACCUUUUUUUAACCGGUGGGGACCGAUCGGCGCUCGAUCGCGUUGGAUAACGAUCGCGUUUUGGCAGGACUGGACGCGUACCGGGUGACCAGGGUCGAUCGUACCGGUUGGCUUAGCCCGUACUUCACCUCGGCGGCUCCGCCUGGUAUAAAAGGACAUCCAUCAUGAGAACGGAUGCCCCUUAGAUCGCCUAGCUAAGCUGUCCCCACGUAUUACAUCCCCUAUCACAGCAGCAAUGGCCACAGUUCAAGUUGUUGUAAGCCUCUC